CGGUGGCGGUUGAAGCAGGCUGCGGCAGCCGACUUCAUGGAUGAGCUGGUACACGAUUUGGCCUCGGCCUUGGAGCAGACAUCAGAGCAGAAUAAACUAGAUGAACUAUGGGAGGAAAUGGCUCUGAGCCCUCGACAGCAGAGAAGACAGCUUCGAAAACGGAGGGGUCGAAAGCGACGUUCUGACUUCACCCACUUAGCAGAACACACCUGUUGCUAUAGUGAGGCCUCAGAAUCUAGCUUGGAUGAGGCUUUGAAGGACUGUCGGGAAGUGGCUGCAGUCACCAACUUCAGUGACUCUGACGACACAAUGGUGGCCAAGCGACAUCCAGCUCUUAAUUCCACCUUAAAGAAUAAGCAGCACUCCUGGCAUGAAUCAGACUCCUUUACUGAGAAUGCACCCUGUAGACCCCUGAGGCGGAGGAGGAAGGUGAAACGAGUGACCUCAGAAGUGGCUGCUAGCCUCCAACAAAAACUCAAGGUGUCAGAUUGGAGCUAUGAGAGAGGCUGCAGAUUCAAAUCUGCCAAGAAGCAGAGGCUGUCACGUUGGAAGGAGAAUGCUCCCUGGACUUCAUCAGGCCAUGGGUUGUGUGAGUCUGCAGAAAAUAGGACUUUCCUUAGCAAAUCGGUCAGGAAGGAGAGGAUGGAGUGUGAAGCCGAUGAACAAAAACAGGGCUCUGAUGAGAACAUGUCAGAAUGUGAAACCAGCAGUGUAUGUAGUAGCAGUGAUACAGGUCUCUUCACCAAUGAUGAAGGUCGUCAAGGAGAUGAUGAACAGAGUGAUUGGUUCUAUGAAGGUGAAUGUGUCUCAGGAUUCACUGUCCCUAAUCUCCUCCCCAAGUGGGCACCCGAUCAUCGAUCUGAAGUGGAGAGAAUGGAUGCAGGACUAGACAAACUUUCAGAUUCCACAUUCCUUUUGCCCUCUCGCCCAGCUCAAAGAGGGUUCCAUGCACGCUUGAAUCGACUCCCUGGAGCUGCUGCUCGAUGCCUCAGAAAGGGAAGAAGGCGGCUUGUUGGAAAGGAGACCAGCAUGAGCACUUUAGGGCCUGAAAGGGUAGGCCACAUUAUUAGCGAUCCACGUCAGAAAGAAAAGAACAAAGCGUUGACUUCUGAUUUUCCCCACAUUCCUGCCUGUUCACAUGAGUUCAAUCCCCUUUCUCCUCUCUAUUCUUUGGAUGUUCUUGCUGAUGCUUCCCACCGAAGAUGCUUACCAGCACACUGUUCUGCCAGACAGGCAAAUGUACACUUGGGACCACCAUGUUCAAGGGACAUAAAGAGGAAACGGAAACCUAUGACCACAGCAUCUUUGUCCAGCCCAACUGCAGCUUUACCUGUUCACAUGGAUGAAGUAGAGGCAAUCCUACCAUCAUCUCAGGUCCAGAAAUCCCCGAAUUCUGAGUGGUCAGUCAGGACCUAUGCAGCAGAGAAAACCACUGUGUCACCUCCAGCUACCUUUUUUAAAAUGCCACAGGAAAAAAGCCCUGGUUGUGGCUAGAGAGGCAUUUUGAAUUUGUAAAAACAUUUUGGACUUUGGAUUGUAUUGUCCCAGCUAUCUUAUUUGGUAAUACCUAUCUCAUCAUCUUCAGCGUACUUAUCUUUGACCACAAGCAGCUUGAUCUCUCCACUGGAAAAAUCAUGCCCAUGAUUCACUUUUUAAAAGUAUUAACAUGUUGGGGAAGUUUAAAAAAAUUCUUGCUAUGUUGUAUUUAUUAUGUUUAUCUGUCAUUGCUGUCCCAACAUCUAUCUACAGCUACUUUUACAGAGCGGGUGCUUUUUUGCAGAUGUCUUUGUUGUUGUGAACGUGGUGACUGCUUUUGCAUCUUAUUUUAUGGCAAAGCUGCCAACACUUGAAGAAGAGCUGACUUUGUAGCUAGCCUUAGACAAGUAUGAGAACUGAGUCUAAUGCUAGUAGGAAAUUAUAUUUUGGCCAAGAGGUGGGAGACCAAAAACAUGGGACUGAUUUCAAGGAUGGGUCUUUGGAAUUUUGCCUUUUGGUGGUCUCAGAACAACAAAACUCAUCAACCAACGCUGGAUCUUUGAAGAGACAUGGGCCAGCCACCUGUGCCUCAGAACAUGUUUGUCUUAUCCUGGUGGAUGUCUUAACAUUGCUCAUGAUUAUGCUAUUCAUUGCCUUCUCUCCUGUGUUUUUUCCUGAGCAAG